GAAACACCUCCCCGGCCAAUGGGCCCGACACUAACUGCGAAUUAACCGACUCUGAGUCAGCAGGCACAGAGAGCACCGUUCAGGAAGCCAGGAAGUCAAAAACUUAACCACUACUGCGAUAAGAACUUCUGGUGGACACACACACAGCAGACGUACAGUCAGGAAUAAAGAAAUACAAACUUUACUUUUGUUCGCAUCACUGCGUUGCAAGCUAGCUUCCAGCGAUGGACAAGCUUCGUCGUGUGUUAAGCGGCCAAGAGGAAAAUGAGGAGUUGGGUCUCACUGCACAGGUCCUUGAUGCCACCUCUCUCAGCUACAGCACCAGGGUGAAGUGGUUCGUCAUAUGCUUUGCUGCAGGCAUCCUGUGCUCAAUACUCGGUUCAGCACUGCUGUUUCUUCCAAAUGGAAUCAAGCUUUUUGCCGUCUUCUACACACUAGGGAAUAUCGCAGCUCUUUCCAGCACCUGCUUCCUAAUGGGACCACUAAAACAGCUGAAGCGCAUGUUUGAACCAACACGACUGAUAGCCACCAUUGUCAUGCUGCUCUGCCUUGUCUUAACGCUCUGUGCAGUGUUUUGGUGGCAUAAAAAAGGCCUGGCUAUCAUCUUCUGUAUUAUGCAGUUUUUGGCAAUGACAUGGUAUAGCAUCUCUUACAUUCCAUUCGCCAGGGAUGCUGUGAUGAAAUGCUUCACAACCUGUCUGAGUUAGGACUCAUUACUCCAAGAUUUCAUGUGAAGACUGGUCCCAAUAUGCAAACUGCAAUAACAGUUCCUUUGUAAAAUAUACAUCUGUGUUGUUUAUACACUAUACCUGCAGGUUUUUACUAUGGCUUUUUCAUACUGUGAAUUCUUGCUUUUUAAGUCUAGCUGCCAGUCUCUGACUAUAAUCAGAUUAUAACACUUUUCUUUUUCCUUUGAUGUGUUCAACAUGAGUGCCUUUAAUGCUUAAUAUAUUUAAAGAUGUUCCUAUAUUUUCAGAGGAUUUUAUACCAUUGAAGUGCAGGGAAAUAAUUUUGACUUUGCUAUACAUUAUUCUUUGCAAUAACAAGUGCCUUAACAUCCUUAACAUCACACACACACACACACACACACACACACACACACACACACACACACACACACACAAAGAGAUCUGUUGACAUAGUGACCAACCAAACAUAUUUACAUCUUAAACAGUGUGAGAUUCCAUUUUUUCUUCUGGAUGUUUAAAUUGUGUUUUGACUUCUCAUUAAAACACGCUGUCUUUCUGUAUCUGUAUGAGGCACUGAUGUAUAAAGAGGCUCUCGGAUGCGCUUUAAUGUUUAUUUAUGAUUAUUCUCCCUCAGGCGAUUGAGUCAUUACUUCGCUGAUGAUGCACUGGGAUGUAUGAUGUCGACCACACUUAUGAGCGUUUUCCAGUUAAAGAGAUUUAAAAAGGAAAAAACAAGAAGAAAAAGAAAAAAAGCAGCCUCUGUCUAGUCUGAUAGACUUCAACAUGUAUUUGAGCACACCUGCCCCCCCUUAGGCUCAUCAAAUUACAUUAAAAUUGUCUCUCCUUUGUAGAUU